UUUGGUGCAGACCGCUUCCGAGGUAUGAUAGGGAAUUUUUUUGGAAAACAUGCCAAAAAAUCAUGGAAAGCAUUGGUAUCAGAUUUUCUUUACGUCCUAUAUGGUGUAAAGAAUGGAUUUUUAUAUGACUAUGGUAUAAUUGAUUCAGAUUCCAUGAUAGCUUUCUUACAAGACUUCACAAAUUUGCUAGCAGUCGACACUAGCGUAGGUGGCCUAUCCCUACGCGACUGCCUAUCUGUUAAUGUUAUUGAGGUUAAUGAGAACAUCUUUGUUGUUAACACUGAUAUAUUAAUACCAUUCCUCCGAAGAUGCUUAGAGAAAGGAUACCUUAAAUGCAUUGAUGUUUCUGGUAAACUAGAUGAACCAGUUAUUUGUACCGAUCACGUUAUUUCAGAGAAUAUAGUGAAAGAGUUAGCAAGCUCUCUGAAAAUCAUUCUUGAUUUUGCAACAGAGGGCAGUCUUGCUUGUAAUAGUGAUUCAAUGGACCAGGCUACUCUACUAAACAAACCUACUAUCAGAAAGCUGAAAGUUGAUGUUGCCACUGGCUGCAAUAUUACAACUCUUUUUGGAAUUUUGAUCGGAUACCCAAUCGUAUAUUGGUAUAACAACCGUGAUGUCAACAACUGCCUCGGAAUGGUCCCUCUGCGUGUUUACAAUGUAAAAUGUAUCGUCCACCUUGCAGAUAUCAGUGGAAAAUUUACCAUGUAUUCUUUUAGUAUUCCUGAUUCAUUGGUAUCAUGUUUUAAGGAAAGGAUCGUAUCGUGGUUUGAUGAUUUGCAGUCAAGAGUAAAAAAGCUGGAUGAAAAACAUUUGUUUAAAGAAUUAGAGUUAGAGUCGCAUGUUGUUGUUCUACCAGCGCUCACUUUAUGAUGAACAACAUUUUACAUUCAUCUUUAUGUUGCUCAUCUAUUCUGUGGGGACAGGGAUUUUGAAUAACAUAAUAACAAAGUCCCAAUUGUAACUUUCGACACAGAAAACAAGAAGUCACUGUACAGUAGACACUCCAGAAAUUUUCCAACAGGGAGGAAAAAAGAGUGUGCGAACCAGGGGGUGGCAAAGGUCAAAAGUCGGGUUACCAAAGCAAAAAUCAUGGUGGGGUCAAGUGGGAGAGAUUGUAUUAUUUAUGAUAGUAAAAAUUAUGCUUUAUACUUUAGAUCAAAACAACAAUAGAAACUGCAAUCACAAUAACUUUUGCUAGGUUGGAAAAAAUAUUAUUUAGAUCAAGUAGCAUCAGACGAUGGCCAAUUCCAUGUUUUGUAA